UACUUGGAGGAUUCCAACAUGUUCUUUCUGGCUAGUUUAAAUAUAGCUGGCCUUUCAACUAUUGAUGCAGGCAUAUGCACGAGCGCUUGGAGCAUCAUUGAAAGAGGUGACUUCUGGUGCAUUUGGCGUAUUAGUUUCGAGUCAUGGCCACAGGAAAGGCAGAAGCAAAUCCCCGCAUUAGUCUAAGGAAUUUUGUUCAUGUGCAGUGGCUUUUUCAGCUCAAUGUGUUUGCAGGUUCUUGUUCUUUGGUUUUGUCGGGCAUUGCUGCCUCGUAGACCAUUGUCACCAAGCUUCCUGGUUAUGAUGGCGAUCUUCCGUUCACAUUUGAAACUGGGUACGUGGGUGUAGGUGAUUCAAACGAGUCGCAACUGGUUAACUAUUUCGUAGAAUCUCAGAGGUCCCCUUUAGAAGACCCUUUUAUGCUUUGGCUCACCGGAGGUCCUGGUUGCUCUGUUCUCUCUGCCUUCUUUUAUGAAAGCGGUCCAUUAGCUUUCACUUAUGUGGAUUACAACCGGAGCAUACCAUCACUCCAUUUAAACCCCUACACGUGGACACAGCGCAUUCGAGUUUAGAUGAUCAUUUUGGCGCGCUGGUUUGGGUUGAAUCAGUCGAAGUAUCAAUGGGCCCUAGGCGAUUAUCACGAGAGCAAGGGAUUACAAAGCAUUUCUUUGAUUGCUUUCCCAAAACAUCAGAGCUCAUUGAAGACUAUAACGUCGCUGUAGGGCACUUCUAGUCAAAGUCAAUCGUCAAUUAUCCCCGGUAAGCAGAUCCCACACGGUUUCAAGUAUAUUCAUAAUAUACAAUGGAAAAGCAUAAAUUGCACAAGGAUGAAGGGAACAUUGGACGAUUCGUGAUAUCAUCACAGUUCAAUAGAAAUCAAGAUAUGAUCUUCACUCUUCUGUUCCAAACUUCAUGUUGUCAUAUAUAUUAGCUAUUCAAAAAAUUUUCUUAUCAAAUUUAACUCUUUGCGUGCCAUAGAGUUUAGUUUACUGCAUUCCACUUCCAUAUUAAUGUCUAGUACAGGUGAGGGAGGGGUACCAGCUGCUGUUAUUGUUGUGAGCGUGGUUGUCAUCGUUGUAAAGUUUUUUAUUUUGGGCGUGGUAUCCGUCAUUGUCAAGAAGCUCGAAAAGGUAGCAGUACUGUUAGUUCAGACACAAGAUUUAUGACGCUCACCAUGGAUAAAUUUCUCAAUGAUAUGGAAAGAGAGAAGCCAAUCAGAUUUACGUCCCAGCAGCUCAGGAUUGCAACAGACAACUUCACUAAUUUGCUGGGUUUAGGAGGAUUUGGAUCGGUUUAUAAGGGGAUAUUUAGUAAUGGGACCCCAGUGGCAGUGAAAGUUCUACAUGGGAACUCUGAUAAGAGGAUGGAUGAACAAUUCAUGGCAGAAGUGAGUACAAUUGGAAGAGUUCAUCACUUGAACCUGGUUCGUCUUUUUGGUUUCUGUUUUGAGAAGGACUUGAGAGCACUUGUUUAUGAGUACAUGGGAAAUGGUUCGCUCGACAAGUACUUAUUCCAUGAAAACAUGAAAUUAGGAUUUGAAAAUCUUCAUGAAAUUGCCGUUGGCACAGCCAGAGGGAUUGCUUACUUGCAUGAAGAAUGUCAACAACGAAUAAUCCAUUAUGAUAUAAAACCAGGAAAUAUUCUCUUGGAUGCAAAGUUCCUUCCUAAAGUAGCUGAUUUCGGAUUGGCCAAGCUCUGUAACAGGGAAAAUACUCACGUCACGUUGACAGCAGGAAGGGGGACUCCUGGUUAUGCUGCACCAGAAAUGUGGAUGCCAUAUCCAAUUACCCACAAGUGUGACAUUUACAGCUUUGGGAUGCUAUUAUUUGAAAUAUUAGGUAGAAGAAAGAACCUUGAUACGCGUCUUGAAGAGAGCCAAGAAUGGUUCCCAAGGUGGGUUUGGAAAAAGUAUGAACAUGGAGAACUGGGAGAGUUGACCAUAGUGUGUGGAAUAGAGGCGAAAUACAGAGAGACAAUAGAGAGAAUGGUUAAGGUAGCCCUCUGGUGUGUUCAGUAUAGGCCAGAUUCGAGGCCUUUGAUGAGUGUGGUGGUGAAGAUGCUGGAAGGAGCAGUAGAAAUCCCAACACCUUUGAACCCAUUCCAGCACAUGUUGGAUUUUGCUCCUUGCCCUAGUGCACCUUCCCAUCCAUUACAGACGGGUAACUCUCUUGAUUCAGAACUAUCAACUCAAACGGUUACAAGAUCUACCUCUAUAAGUGCCACUCCCCUGAUGAGGAAUUAUGAGAUUGAGAUUGAAAUUGCCUCUACAUAGGACACUAACGAGCAAGCUGCUGAAUCACUAAAGACUGCCCAUGAAUGUUCAGAUCGCACCAGCACAAUCCAAUAUUCUACAUGAUUUCUUUCCUUUCCAUAGCAAAUAAGAUGGAUUAUUAUUCUGUUUUCUUUCCUAUUGUGGUUCUGUUUAUUUCCUUAGUUUAUGAAUCUCGUAUGGUAAUAUUCCAUCAGAAUAAACUUUUCUUUGUUGUUAUUCUUCCCCUACAAAUAACCCGUGAGUAGGAAAAGGAAGAUUAUUAUUAUGAUCUUGUUAAAAGUUUGAGAAGAGUUUUCAAUAAACUGGGCACUAGUUCUGUUUCCAGAA